GCAAAUUGUCCCUGCAGAGUAUUGUUUGAAGGCAAGAGCACACCACGGAGCCAAAUAUCUGGUUCUUAUUCUCGACACUGAAUUUUAGAAACUGUGGGAAACUGGGGAUGACAAUGAAAUACUUCUUGUAUUUGGCUGCUGCUACUGGUUUCCUGCCUAUUUGGAUUAUACGAGCAAAACCAACUCCAGUUCCAUAUGUUCCAUAUAAUACUCUCCUCACUGAACUGGCAACUGUCCAAGAAGAAAUCGUUACUGUACAUAACACCCUCAGGAGAGGAGUAGUUCCAUCAGCCAGCAACAUGCUGAAGAUGGAUUGGAGUGAAGAAGCUGCACAAAAUGCCAGAAUGUUGUCAAAGCAGUGUGAAUUACGAGAAAGCAACUCAAUUAAGAGGCGAAUUACAAAUACUUUUUGUGGAGAAAAUAUGCAUUUGACAACUUAUCCUAUCUCGUGGUCAAGUGUAAUUAAAAUCUGGUACAAUGAAUCUAAAUAUUUCAAGUAUGGGGAACAGAUAUCAACAGAUGAUGACUUAACAAUUGAGCAUUACACUCAGAUUGUUUGGGCCACUUCUUACCUCAUUGGCUGUGGAAUAUCAUCAUGCCCCAAAAGACUGGCAACUCAGUUUCUCUAUGUUUGUCACUAUUGUCAUGAGGGAAAUGAUCCUGCCAAAAUGAAUAAUCCUUAUAACGCAGGAAGUCCAUGUGGAGAUUGUCCAAAUGACUGUGAAAAUAAACUUUGCACUAACCCCUGCCUCUACUAUGAUGAAUACAGUAACUGUAAGGCACAAAAACGAAGUUUUGGAUGCGGGUCCCAGUCAGUUCAACAAUUCUGCAAAGCUAGUUGUCUCUGUGACAAGGAGAUAAAAUAAUGUUGGUUAUUUGCAGGUACAAUGUGCUGUUGGGGAAAUGUCCACUGGAUUACAUCUUUUACUUUACUUUGCUUCAGUAGCUUCUGCUAAGUUUCAUUUGGUUUUCAUUAUAUUAGCGAUGUUAAAUUUUACUAACCAUAUACGGGCAUCCAUAGAUUAGAUCAAUUCUACCCACUCCUGUCCUGAUACUUCCUGAAACAUGUUGACAAAAUUCAACUGAUGGUUUAACUGGCCACCUUGACAAUAACCUCUGCUAGAGGAGGGUCCUUCCCCUGCUUCCCCAUGUCUCCAACCUUCCUGAUGUUGUCUUCCCAAGAAGACAAGAAAACAAAAGGAUCUAACCAUCUUUGGACCCAUUAACAUUAACUUCUAUUUUACAACUGCAAAAAGAAGUUUUCAAAAUUCCAACUAACCUGCAGUGUAAUUUUUCAUUCCAUAACCUUAUUUCUAUUUUAAAUUGAGCAGUUAAAAAAUCCACAAAGCAAAUGAAGAGUUAAGUAUUACUACUUGCAAGGCGAAGUGCUUAAUUGGAGGAGGCUUAAAUGUCUCAUUGUUUUAUUAUUAUAUCUAUAAACAUUUGUAAAGUGGGGAAAAAAUUGUGUUACUUACAUUAACGAAAUAUGUGCUCAGCACUGAUUACAUACAGAAUGUAAUGCAUCUAUAGAGGACAUUGUAUGCCUUAUUUCAAAUGAAGAUGUAAAUAUUAGUGAGUCUGAAUAUUAAAGUAACCUGGAGAAGUGUAUGAUCCCACAGAAAUUCUAGUACCUGUUGUUUUGUUUUCAGUUUCAGGGCUUCCCCCCUCAU